GGUUUAGUGGUGGCGGUUAUGGCGGCAAUGGUGAUCAGGGUGGCUUGUUCACAGUCACAUGACUAUGGAGAUGCUUUGAGCAAGAGCAUAUUGUUCUUUGAAGGCCAGAGGUCGGGGAAGUUACCCUCUUCUCAGAGAAUGACUUGGAGGAAGGAUUCUGCACUUCGUGAUGGCUAUGAGAUUGGUGUUGAUUUGGUAGGGGGCUACUACGACGCUGGCGACAACGUUAAGUUCAACUUUCCGAUGGCAUUCUCAACAACAAUGCUGGCAUGGAGCGUUUUAGAGUUUGGGAAGGGCAUGAGCUCAGACUUGCCACAUGCACUGGACGCCAUCCGAUGGGCCACUGACUACUUUCUCAAAGCCACAAGCAUUCCUGGCUUUGUCUUUGUCCAAGUUGGCGACCCUUACGGUGACCACAAUUGCUGGGAGAGGCCUGAGGACAUGGACACCCCUAGGACACCCUUUGCCGUGAGCAAACAGUUCCCGGGCUCCGAAGUUUCAGCUGAGAUAGCAGCAGCACUAGCAGCUUCUGCCAUGGUGUUUAGACCAAUUGAUUUAAAAUACUCUGCCAGGCUUCUCAAAAGAGCUAGAAUGGUGUUUGAUUUUGCAGAUAAAUACCAGGGAUCCUAUAAUGACAGCCUUGGACCAUGGGUUUGUCCAUUUUAUUGUGAUUUCAGUGGCUAUGAGGACGAAUUGGUUUGGGGAGCAGCCUGGUUAUUUAAGGCAACUAAGCAACCUAUCUACUGGAACUAUGUUUUACAAAACAUAAACGAGUUGGAAAGUUCUGCUACUGUGAAAUAUAUAAACGGCGUCUCAUAUCUUGGUGGAAGCUUUGCAGAAUUCGGAUGGGAUUCCAAGCACGCAGGCAUCAACGUACUCGUUUCGAAGUUGAUCAUGUCAAUGUCUGGUACUGGUUCUACCCCUUUCAUUCAAAAUGCAGACAAGUUCAUAUGCACCUUGUUGCCUGAAUCUCCAACCAUAUCAGCCUCAUAUUCUCCAGGUGGGCUUUUAUUUAAACCUGGAGGAAGCAAUAUGCAGCAUGCAACAACUCUGUCAUUUCUUCUAGUUGUUUAUGCUCGUUAUUUGAAACUAUCCAGUAGAGUUGUCCAUUGUGGCAAUGUUGUUGCCAGUCCUGCUAGACUUGUAAAACUUGCAAAAGGCCAGGUAGAUUACAUUCUAGGAAGUAACCCAUUGGGCAUGUCGUAUAUGGUGGGAUAUGGUAAAAAAUUUCCUCAGAGAAUUCACCACCGUGGGUCGUCUUUACCGUCAGUCGGUCAACAUCCGAAACAGAUUGACUGCAAAGGUGGAACCGAUUAUUAUUACAGCAAAAACCCAAACCCAAAUUUGCUAAUUGGGGCUCUUGUUGGAGGACCAGAUAUCAAAGACUCGUACGCUGAUUCUCGAGAGGAUUUUGUGCAGUCUGAGCCAACAACGUACAUCAAUGCACCUUUUGUGGGGGUCUUGGCUUACUUUAAGUCUCGUCCGUCGUAG